AUGUCUGAUCAAGACAUUCAUCCAAACAAAUACGGUGAAGUGCGAGAUAAGUUUAAAUACUAUAUCGAUUCAUAUAAUGCAUUGUAUCAACUGAAAACGGAAAAAGAAGAAGAAUUAAACAAGAUUUACAAAAUGAUACAAACAGAAUUGAUUGAUUCAGAGAAGCGUCUUCCGCAAAUUUUAAUAAAAGAUAUUUUUGAUAUCAUUCCGUAUAAUAAUCGUUAUACAAAGUCAUAUUUAUAUCUUGCGAAACUCAUUUCAGAUGAUUAUCAUAUCCUGGAGGUCAGAAAUGUUGAUUUAUUUCAAACUUAUUGUUUUACAAAGAAUAUGGAAUUAAAUUAA